AGGACAAGAACUACCUCAAAGAGCAGAAGCCAAAACAUCUUUUACCUGCCCUCAAUGUGGAAAGAGCUAUAAAUGCCUUAAAAUUCACAUGCAAAUUCACACUGAAGAGAAGCCAUUUACAUGUGAUCAGUGUGGAAAGAGUUUCAAAUGGUCAAAUAGUCUCAGAGUUCAUAAACUCAUUCACUCUGGAGAAAAGCCAUUUGUUUGUGAUCAGUGCGAUAAGAAUUUUUUUAAGGAAUCAGAUUUAAAGGGCCACAUGAAAGUUCACACAAAAGAGAAGCCUUACUUGUGUUCUGUUUGUGGAAAGACGUUUUCAUGGCUGGGACAAUUUAAAGAGCAUCAGAAAAUACACACUGGUCUGAAAGAGUAUUUGUGCUCUGAUUGUGGUAAAGCUUUUACUACAGCCACUCAGUUGAAAGUGCACCGAAGGAUCCACACUGGAGAAAAACCUUACAAGUGUUCAUACUGUGAAAAGAGUUUCAAGCAGUUAGGAGCCCUUCAAGGACAUGAGAGAAUUCACACUGGAGAAAAACCUUACAAGUGUUCAUACUGUGAAAAGAGUUUCAAGCAGUUAGGAGCCCUUCAAGGACAUGAGAGAAUUCACACUGGAGAGAAGCCGUAUCAAUGCCAUCAAUGUGGCAAGAGAUUCGGUCAUUCCAAAGUUGCACGGAUUCACAAAAAGAAGCAUUGUCCAAAAUUAAAUGGAAUGUCAGUACAAUUAUAAAGCAAUUUAUUAUUAUUAUUUGGAACGGGGUGUUUUAUAUAAAAGUGGGAAUUUACUG